AUCGGGACAGUUCUGGGGGUGGAGUCAUGGAAAAAUAAAUUCCCAUGCAGGACCUGCAAAGCCCUGGUAGGCCUCCAGCCUCCGUGGCCACCAGCCGGACCCAGCUCUUGUUCCGGUCCUUGAAGAAAAUAACAUCAGGCGGGAUGAAUCGUUGCAGAGUCAGGGUUACAUGUGAGGCUGGCUUAAAUACGACAUCAGACAUGUUCUUUCAGCUUUUCCUGCAAACAUGUGUUGCUGCGAUGGUUUUCAGUCUGGUUCCAGUCACAGCCGACACCCAGAGGCUGCUGGACAGAGUCCUCAUUUCUACCUCCAAGCAUGGGUCAGCCAGCGAGACAAAUCUGACCUGCUUCAAGUCCUCAGAUCCUGCUGCUGUGGACGCCACGCAGCUCCACGGUGAUCAUAACGACAAGGGAGAUCUGUGGAGGAAAGAUCCAGCCACCUCUGCUCCUCUUCCUCCGUGCUCUUCCUCCUCCUUCUCCCCCACUCCCUCCCAGUGUGCGGUCUGUCUUCUCGGGGAGGUCUACAUCCUCUGUGAUAACCUGCCGGCUGGAGCAGCUUUGUACCUGGAGCGUCCUGGAUCACCUUUCAGCACCAAGCGGAGCGGUUGUCCCAUCCUGCGCACUGCCGGUGAGUCUCUUUCAGCUGAAAUCAUGGCAGGAAGACAGAAGUCCUGCCUAGCCGACACUUUACCUGAUGAACCCAAACUGCCCCCUGGUGAUGCGAACAGAAGAUAUCGUUUUGCUGCUAUUCCCACCCUGAUCUUCGGGGUCGUCAUCGUCACUGGGAUGGUUCUGCGUAGAUGUUGUGAAUCACAGAAGGAUGGUUCUACUGGGACCACCGAAUCCUCAGAUGAUCUGGAGACUGUUUCUGUGAACCUGCCUGGGAUUGAUAACGGACAGCCAAAUGGAGUGUGACCAGUGGAUGAGCCGAGCCACUCAGUGAUGGAGGAAGACAGGACAGACUGAAUUAUGGCAGAGUAGAAGAUGACCAGCAGCUCCUGGGGAAGGUUGGACUUCUUGAGUUGCCUCAGGAAGUACAGUCUCUGGACCUUCUUCCAAACGUUAUCUUUGUCUGAGGACGAGCUCAGGUCCUGAGGAAGGGUGGUUUCUAGGAACCGAAAGUGAUCCACAGUUGACACAGUGUUGUUGAUGUUGGUGAGGGGAGGGGGUGUGGGGCUGUUCUCCAGAAGUCCACCAUCUUAAGAAGACUUAGUCAGUACCUGGUACCAAACAUGGGUCUGUCCUCUGUUAUGUUCUGUUGGCGAACUCCUAGAACUGCUUAUUAUUUGAAUAAACCUCCUUUAUUGUCUGA